AUGGCCGAGCCGAGAUCAGAUCGUGAGGAUCGCUCCUGGGGGUGGCAUGGCCAACAAGAUGACUCGCAUUCCUCGUUGCAUACACCGUUUACAGACUCCCUCGCCGCCCUUCCGUACCCCAUUCGUGCACCCAGCCUUCCAGCAUCGAAUGUCAACAUCCGCCCUGUUCAAGAGACUCCAGACAAGGUCGUCAUCACGACUCACGACCAGUAUGAUGCACCAGAGUCCCUCUCCCCGUCCACCGUAGCACCCUCGCCCUUCGAUCAAUUCCGGACAUGGUUCACCUCCAUCCAAGGCGUCGUGCGCGAGCCCGAGGCGAUGACCGUCUGCACCGUCUCCGCGUCCGGCAUCCCCUCCGCGCGCAUCGUGCUCCUCAAGCAGCUCGACCCGCGGGGCUUCGUCUUCUACACGAACUACACGUCGCGCAAGUCGCAGGAGAUGCUCGCCAACCCAAAUGUCGCGCUCGCGUUCUACUGGAAGGAGGUGCACAAGCAGGUGCGCGUCGUCGGGCGCGUGGAGCAGGUCAGCAGGCAGGAGAGCGAGGAGUACUACCGCAGCCGCCCCGUCGGGAGCAGGGUCGGCGCGUGGGCGAGUAGGCAGAGCACGGUCGUUGCGGAUGGCGAAGUGCAGGAAAGGUAUGACACGCUGAAGGGCCGGUUUGGAGUGCAGGAGAACAACCCGGACGCGGACGUGCCUCUGCCGGACUUCUGGGGAGGCUGGCGGGUAGUGCCAUACGAAGUUGAAUUCUGGUUGGGAAAGCCCUCGCGGCUCCAUGAUCGUGUGCGAUAUCUUCGUGCUGCUGGAUCGCCAGAAGAUGCACCAGAAUGGACGAUUGAGCGACUGGCACCUUAA